AUGGCCCGUACCAAGCAGACAGCCCGUAAAUCUACUGGAGGCAAAGCCCCACGUAAGCAGCUGGCCACCAAAGCUGCCCGCAAGAGCGCCCCUUCUACUGGUGGGGUCAAGAAGCCCCAUCGCUACAGGUGAUGGUGUGACAAAACACACAGUGCCUGAACAUACAGGCUUUGACCCACCUGGUGUUGUGGUCUCUACAUUAAUCAUUUUAUGUAGAUAAAGGACCACAGUGGUGUUAAUUACUGUUUCCCUCCAGGCCUGGUACUGUGGCCCUGCGUGAGAUUCGUCGGUACCAGAAGUCCACUGAGCUGCUGAUCCGCAAGCUGCCCUUCCAGCGCCUGGUGAGAGAAAUCGCUCAGGACUUCAAGACUGACCUGCGUUUCCAGAGUGCAGCCAUUGGAGCCCUGCAGGUCAGUGUGUUUAUGAUUUUCAUUAACCCACCAAAUAACACUGUAAAGACGGAGACCUAUCGGGAAUUUGUACACUUAACGGGAUACUUUGGAAUUUUGGCAGUGAGGCCCUUUUAUCUACUUUCGCAGAGUCUGAACUAUUGGAUGCCAUUCAUGGCUGUGUCCAGUAUGAAGAAAGUUAGUUAGCAUUGGUUCACAAACCUAACUAGCUAGUAUUAGCACAAUGACUGCAAGUCUAUGGGUAUCUGCUAGCAUGCUCAUAGAUGCCAUAGACUUUUAGUCAUUGCGCUAAUGCUAGUUAGCAUUGGCUCGACACUACCUCUAACUUCCUUCAUACAGGAGACAGACAUAAAAAUGGUAUCCACAAGUUCAUCUGACUCUGGGGAAGUGGAUAAAGGGCCUCUGCCAAAAUCCUGAGGUAUCCCUUUAAUGGUGGCCUACUGGCAGUACUCUCCACAAAUGUUUGAGGAAUGCAUUGGUCCAUACGAAGUUAGAGCUUACGCAUAUCAUCAACUGAAUUGAACUUGUAUUUUAUUGUCUGCAGGAGGCCAGCGAAGCAUACCUUGUUGGUCUGUUUGAGGACACCAACUUGUGCGCCAUUCACGCCAAGCGUGUCACCAUCAUGCCCAAAGACAUCCAGCUGGCACGUCGUAUCCGUGGGGAGCGUGCUUAG